AUACGCACCACGCAUGACAGAAAAUUACAGCGCGCGCGCACACGCACAGAGAGAGACGCUUGUCAGUCGGUAACCCGAGUUUAACGUUAGCUGCUGUAUAUUUGUGUUCACACGUUUUUCUGUGUUUUAGUGUCGUAUUCAGUAGUUCGAGUGAGUGAGUGAAACCGGCUUCAACUUUCUGAUUUCUGUCAGUGUUGAGGCCUGUGUGAGCACAAACACACGCCUACACGACUGAACUGACUUCACCAUGGACAAAGCAGAUUUCCUGAAAGGUCUACCUGUGUAUAACAAGACGAACUUCAGCAGAUUUCACGCUGACUCUGUAUGUAAAGCAUCGAACAGAAGGCCAUCAGUAUAUCUGCCUACACGAGAGUAUCCCUCCGAACAGAUCAUCGUCACAGAGAAGACAAACAUCCUUCUGCGUUAUCUUCAUCAACAGUGGGACAAAAAGAAUGCAGCUAAAAAGCGAGAGCAGGAGCAAGCGGAAGGGGAAGGCGGCAGCCCAGCGCCUCCUCGCAAAAUCGCCCGGACAGACAGCCAGGAGAUGAACGAGGACUCCUAGAGGAACCCACCAUCCAGCAGCACAAGAACGGACACAACAAGCCCAAACACCCGCACACCACACAGGAAUCUCAUCUCAGAAAGAAAGAAAUGGAAGAACACUUCUCUUACAGUGUCCUUUUUUUUAAUUUUAUUUUACUGAGUGCUUCCUGAUGCAGUCAGUGCCCUGUUCUGAACGUGUGUGUGUGUGUGGCGCGACGGGUUUCCACUGCCAGCUUUGACGAUUCUGCUGAGCUCUGAACUUCGAGGGGGGGCGGGUACGGCGAAAUUCAACAAGCACAUAGGAAUGAAUGUCUGCUAUGAAGAUGUGUGUAAAAAUCGAUUUGUUAGGACACUAUUAAUGCAGAGUAAAAGUUGAAAAACACCCUACUAAUCUCAGCUGUGAAUUAUCACACUUUCAUGAUGUACUCAGAAGACAGGCAGCACUCUUCAGCAUUCAAAAAAUUAAAUCUUGGAAAUUUACAGACAUGUUUGGAAGAUUUAGAUGUAGUCUUGAUAGAGCUACAGUCUUCCUAGCAGGUGCAUACUUGUGCAUGAAUGCACUGUUGGGACUGUUUAUCUGUUGUCACAGGUUGAGGAUGAUGUACUGGUGAUGUAAAGAAAUACAAAUGUCAUUCUCUUCCACUUCCCCUCUUGUCAUGUAGGUUUGUAGUGCUGUGUUCGUUCCAGAAUCAUAAACGGAUAACUUGCCUUCAGAUGCCUGACUCCAUCUAUGAUUGAUCCCUGAGCGCUGAUUCACUUGCAGUCUGUUUGCCUUCUAAAUAUGAUGGUGGGGUUUCCCCAGUUGGAAUUUAAUAGUGUCUCCCUUUAGUUUGGAGUUUUAGUUUAAGUUUGGAGUUCUGCGAAUAAAGGUGCAGCGAUGCAGCAGUUCCUCUCUUAACCUGCAGAGGACGUCGGUGAGCUGUGGUACAACAAACAGGAAGAGCUUUACACAGGAGGCUUACAUUUCUCAGCCAGUGUGCUUUGAGUCCACAACAUAGACUGUGGCUGCAGACAUGAUGUGAGGUUAAGUCAGCUGUUAAAACCCAUUUCUGGCAAAGUGUGUUGGUUUGUUCUUGUUGAAAAGAUUGAAAUGUGUUGAAGCUAUCGAGGUUGUUAAUAAAAAAAACAAUGCAUGCAAAAUGUUUUGGGUAAAGAAAGCUUUUAAAACCUCUUGAGGGGGAAGUGUGCAGAGAGCAGCCCAUCUCGAUUCUAAAUCUGUCUGAAAGAGUUAGUUACUUGCCACAAUUACUCCUGCAUUUGUAAAUUGUUGUUCUUAUGAAGCCUUCCCAAUUUCUGUUUGAAGUCAGUUUUUUUUUUGAGUCAAUAAAAAUGCUAUUAAAAA